AUGUCACGAAUUUCACCCUUCAAGGCGUUUCUUGAGGAGAACACGCCAGAUUACAAGCCAUACGAGGAAUUCUACAAGCAUCUUCACGCCAACCCCGAGCUAUCAUGGGGAGAAGUUGAGACAUCGGCGGCGAUAGCGACCAGAUUGGGCGGCCUCUCACCAGAUCUUCAGAUUACCACGGGUAUUGCAGGCACUGGUCUGAUUGCUGUUCUACGCAAUGGACCAGGCCGAACGGUGCUGCUCCGUGCUGAUAUGGAUGCUCUCCCCGUGAAAGAGCUGACAGGAUUGGAAUACGCAUCGAAAAAGAUGGCAGAGGACUCCGAUGGUUCUCUGCAACCGGUGAUGCACGCUUGUGGUCAUGAUAUGCACGUCACUGCGCUCCUGGCGGCUGCCGAGACUCUCAUUCUUGGACGGACGCAGUGGUCGGGGACUCUUGUAUGCCUCUUUCAACCAGCAGAGGAGGCCGGAGAAGGGGCUCAGCGCAUGAUCGAGGAUGGCCUCUAUACUAAACAUGGUUGCCCGAUCCCUGAUGUCUUGUUAGGACAGCACGUCUCAUUCAGAAAAGCAGGGUUCACUGACACCCGCCCUGGAUUGCUCAUGGCAGGUGUUGAUUCGAUGAAGAUUACGGUAUAUGGGCGUGGCGGCCAUGCCAGUAUGCCGCACCUCUCAGUCGACCCGACUGUGCUUGCUAGUCACAUUGUCGUGCGUCUUCAGACUAUUGUCAGUCGUGAGGUGAAGCCGGGCAGCUUGGCCGUGGUGACGGUCACAGGAUUGCAUUCCGGAAAGGCCAUCAAUGUCAUCAGUGAUCAUGCACUUAUUGAGUUGAGCAUUCGCAGUGUUGAUUCGGAAAACCGCGAUGCCUUAAUCAAUGCUAUCAAGCGCAUUGCCCUUGCUGAGUGCAGCGCUUCGGAUAGUCCACGAGACCCGACGUUCGAGCUCGUAUCGUCAAUCCCCGCAAUGCAUAACGACCCGGCCACCACAGAUGUGAUUAACCGCAGCUUUUCUGCUCACUUUGGUCUUCAGACUCAUAAUCCCUCUUGCGAUGUUGUUCCGGCUGCUGAAGACUUCAGCCACUUGGCAACGGCCAUUGGCAAGCCGUACUGUUUUUGGUUUUUCGGAGGUCACGAUAUUUCAGAUUGGGAGAAGAGGGCCGAGGAAAACCGUCUGGAUUCUGUGCCUGGGCUCCACAGCCCCUUGUUUGCUCCAGCAAUACAGCCGACACUGGCCACCGGAGCUGAAGCUCUUGUAGUGGCAGCUCUGACUAUGCUCUCUGGUGAUAAGAAUGGAUUCGAAGCCCAAGGAUAG